GUCCACGGUAACCAGGCAACCAGAAGCUAACUAGCAACGCUUGCUAACGCUAAUUCAGAAAACAGCACGUUUCAAAGAGCCAAUCACCACUAUGUCAUACACGACUGAUAACAACUCCAAGCCCAAGUCCAUGAGCAGAGCCAAAGGAUGGACAGCGGAGGUGGAAAACCUGUUCAGAUUCCAGCAGGCCGGCUACAGAGACGAGAUGGAGUACAUACAGGUCAAACAAGGGGCCUUGGUUGACAAAUGGCCAGAGUCCGGCUUUGUGAAGAAGCUCCAGCGUCGAGACAACACAUUUUAUUACUACAGCAGGAAGAGGGAAUGUGAGGAACGGGAUGUCAACAAAGUCAAAGUUUACGCCUAUUAAGGUGUUUAGGACUCCAUCCGCUUAACAGUAUGAUGAUGUAACGGUAGCCUGUCAACACACACUAUAGGCUCGGGUACAACCCCUUUGAGAAGAAGGU